CUAUACUAUACAAGACAAUACAGACAUCAAUAACACUAUACUAUACAAGACAAUACAUACAUAAAUAACACUAUACUAUACAUUUAGAUUGGAUUAUACAAGUCAAGACUACUCGAUCUUAGUGUAUGCAUAGCUCUAAAGAUUUUGAUAGAUUUAGGUUAGAUUAAGUUUGUUAGAUUUGGUGUUUGUUUCAUAUGAAUUCACAUCAAAAAUGAAGACACACAAGAGUCCCAUUGAAAAGAACCAUGGUAUGAUGAGUGAGUUUAUUAAGAAGUUCAAACAAUUUGUCAUGUUCAAAGUGUUCCAGUACAUCUGAACCAAGCAGUAAGUCUUGAUUAAACAUUGACACAGAUAGAGAUGAUAAACCCCCAAAAACCAAACAGCACUUCUGAAUCAGGCAGCAAGUCUUCACUCAAUGGAGAUGAUAAACCCACUGAAGACCAUCAGAACCCUGGUAUGAUCAGUGGGUUAAUUCAGAUGUUCAACCCCUUUAAGUCAUCCGCAAAGUGUUCCAGUACAUCUGAAUCAGGCAGUAAGUCUUCUCCCACUGACACCAAUGGAAAUGAUAAAGCCACUGAACACAAACAAAAUCCUGGUAUGAUCAGUGGGUUAAUUCAGAUGGUCAACCCAUUUAAGUCAUCUUCAAAGAGCUGCAAUGAUCAAAUUUCCCCACAAAACACAGACGAAAACAAUCCGGAAGAAAUGUUAGCAUCCAGCCCAUCCACUGAACCCGGGUCUACCAAGAUGCUUGGGUUUGAAUGGGAUCAUUUUAAGACGGACUCCAUAGUGAAUCCCACUGUGACAGAAAUGGCAACGAAUAGUGAAGCACUUCAGGAGGAUGAUGAUGAUGAAGAUUUAUUGGAAUGGUGGAAAAAUGUGAAAGGUUGGGAUGAAUGGAACGAGACAACAGAUUUUGAAGGAGAUGAUUCAGAGACAGCCAUAGAAUCAACUGCAGAUCGUGUCUAUAAGGCUGCUCGCCUCUUCGUGUAUUUAUUCAAACAGCGAGAGGCUUCACUGUAUAUGCGAGUCUCUGAGUUGCUGGAAGUUGCUGAUGCAGCAGACAGCUUCCAUAAGAAGACUGUGACCGCUAGCAUCGGAGGAGGAGUGGCCAGCGUAGCUGGGAGCAUCACCACUAUUACAGGACUGGCACUGGCACCUUUCACUUUUGGUUCAUCACUUAUUGUAACAGCGGUGGGCAUCGGCGUUGCAACAGCAGGUGGCCUUACAUCUGCCUCUGCCAACAUUACAGACACAAUGCACUCGAGGACAGACCGGACCAGAGUGGAGCAGAUUAUCCUCAGCUACCAAGAGGAGAUAAAGGACAUUAGAGAAUGCUUACAGUUCUUGCAGACAGGUAUGGAGACUCUGGAAGAGUACAACUUCCAGCAGUACAUGGACAGCAUCUCCAAGCGUGCAAUGAAUAGGAAUGUAAAGCAUGUAGUGAAGGAGGGCGGUCGUGCUGGCAAGGCAUUACUUAUCAAUGCUGAGAGCCUGGCGAGCACUGUACAAGUGCUCAGCACUGCCGGUGGGGUUGCCAAAGCUACUCAGGUCCUCAGCAUCGCCAGUGGGGUUAUGUCCGGCCUCUUUCUGGCCCUUGAUGUUUUCUUUUUAGCCAGAGACUCUAGGGAGCUGCACAAAGGGGCCAAGACAAAGUUUGCGGCCAAGAUUAGGGACGUGUGCAAGGAGCUGUUGGACGGCCUUGUUGAGCUGAAGAAGAUUAAAAAUCAACUGCAGACAAUCAUGACUGAUGCAGAGGAGGAGGAGGAGGAGGGAGAAGAUGAGGAAGAAGAUGAAGAAAAAGAGGAGUGUAAGAAACCCAGUGAGCACAGAGGUGAAAACCAUAAUGAGAAUAAAGGACAAUCUAGCAAUUAUGAUUCUUCCUAGCAUUGAGUAUAAGAGAGGAAGAAGAUAUGGAAACCUAUAAAGCACAGAGAACAACACUGAAGAUAUAAAAUAUAUUGUAUUUUAAAUAAACUUUAUGGUUAACACGAGGCUGGUUGCUCACAUUUAUCACAUUAAUCAAGGCUGUUAAUAUUUAAAAUAUUAAAGUACUGUUAUUUAAUAAACGAUUAAGUGCCAUCUACUUAGAAGCAUAUUCUGGUUGUAUUUUAGGUAAUAAUUAUAUAAAAUGUAUAACAAUUUGGGGGACCCCUGGCAUCUUCUUUAUUUUAACUUCAUAAAUCUGAAUUUAUUUCAAUUCAUCACUGUAAGAAAUAUCUGAUUUGAUUAAAAUUGCAGUGUUUGCUCUGUUGGUCAA